GCAUGAAAACGGAAUUGAGUUUGAGAAAUGGCGCAGAGAAUGUUUCGGGUGUUUUUGGUGGAACACGUUACUUGACUGUUGCGGUUAAUCCGGUAACGAGAAAGUAAAGAAGAGAGACAGACAGGAGGGAGAUUCAGUUGAGACCUGACACUUGACAAACACAACUCAGUUGAGACUAGAGAGAAUGGAUGAAAAGAAGAAGAGGAAGGAGAAGAAGGAGGAGGCGGUGUGCGUGACUGGAGCCAAUGGGUUCUUAGGGUCAUGGUUGGUGAAGACUUUACUGGAAGAGGGCUACACCCGCAUCCACGCCUCCGUCUAUCCUGCCUCCGACUCCUCCCACCUCCUCAACCUCCCUGCUGCCUGUGGCCUCCCUCCUCACGACAUCAAUAUCACCAUCUUCGAGGCCGACCUCCUCGACGCCGACGCCGUCGCCAGAGCCAUCGAGGACUGCCACGGUGUCUUCCACGUGGCGUCCCCUUGCACCCUCGAGGACCCCACCGACCCCCAGGCUGAGCUAGUGCUGCCCGCCGUCCAGGGCACGCUCAAUGUCCUCCAAGCCGCCUUGCGCUUCGGCGUCAGGCGCGUCGUUCUCACCUCCUCCAUCUCUGCCAUGGUCCCCAACCCCUCUUGGCCCCCCCACAAGCCCUUCGACGAGUCCUCCUGGACUGACCUCGAUUACUGCAAAGCCCGCCAGAAAUGGUAUCCGGUGUCAAAGACACUGGGUGAGAAAGCAGCGUGGGAUUUUGCAGAGAAGCAUGGAUUGGAUGUAGUGGCCAUCCAUCCAGCCACAUGUCUUGGGCCGCUCCUGCAGCCUAGCACUCUCAAUGCAAGCUGUGCUGUGUUGCUCAACUUGCUUCACGGUUCUGACGAUACCCAAGAGUAUCACUGGUUGGGGGCUGUCCAUGUUCAAGACGUUGCCAAGGCACAACUUUUGCUAUUUGAGACUCCUGCCGCUUCUGGCAGGUACCUUUGCACAAAUGGUACCUUCCAAUUUUCUCACUUUGCUGACACGGUCUCCAAACUCUAUCCUCAAUUUCCACUUCACAGCUGGGUAAUCGCUGCCUGAGAUUGGAACAAUAAUGAACAAUGAUUGGACUAUGUAAACCUUUAGUCAAAAAACAUCCACAACCUGUUCUUCAGUGGGAAUGUUCUGAAGCAGAAUAUCCUUGAAUGAUCCUCAAAUGGGAAGUGAUGGAUUUGUUGUAUUGCAAGUAGUGGGCAAUUUGAAGUAUACCUUAUAUCAGUGCAAUGAUCUCAUUCAAUGCGGUGCGCUACUGACUAUAUUCUCUUCUUGCCUCAUUUACAUGGUAUGAUUAUUUGGUUAUUGCUGUUUACCUACACAAAGAUUGGAGAUUCUCUAUUCUAUUUUGGUUAUUUUACAAGUUGUAUGCUUUUUUUUUUCAUUAUUGCCUCCAUUUUUUUUUUUCUGGAAGCUGGACCCCGUAUGCUUAUAGGUGUCUUUUUUUAAGAGGGUUUACUGUUGAUUUACCCCCUGAACUUGUACGCUACUUUCAAUUUGCACCCUCACCUUUUUUUCUAGAAAAUUGAGUACACAAACUAAUUUUUAUUGUCAGUUCCCCCUUACAGUCUAAAUAAACAUGUCAUCCAAUAAAUCCAUCAAAUCAUUAAAAAAUAUAUUUUUUGAAAAAAUUAAAGAAAAAAAAAUUUCCUAUUGUCCUCC